AUGUCACUCGAACGUUUGGGUGUCGAUCAAAAUGAAUUAAAUUCGGCUUUGGCGGCAGCAAGUAGCAAUGAGGAGAAAGCGGAAAUGGUUCAUAGUGGAGAUAUUGUGGUAGACGAUAUGGAGUUGGAGGCUGUACCCAACAGCGGAGAUACGAAUGCAUAUUUGUUAGUGCCAGCCGGUGGAAGCAAUGAGCGUGAAAGUGUUGAAAAGAAUACGAUUGAUGGUGGCAACGGCAGACCAGACGACAAUCUACAGCCUCAUGAAACUGCAGACAUGCUGAUGGUGGAGUCAAAUGAUGCGCCAUUACACGUGGCCCUUCUUGCAGUGCCCGUAGAACAACAAGAGCCGGUGGCUGCCGGAGAAGAUACAAAGCAUAACAAUAAUGCCUCACAGCACGAUGACGGACGCAUGGAUGAUGAAGUUUCAAUUUUAACGGAUAAAAUUUUGGAGAUCCCUACCGAACUAGACACGCAAGAAAUUGUGCCAGUCGCAGUUGAUGAAACGCCACAGGAAUCUGUUGAGAAACUAGAAGUUGCCGCAUUAAACGCUGGGGAAGGCUUGGAUAGUGAGAAUACAAUCAGCGCCGAACAUGAAACUCUAGCUGACAUGAUCUCAGAUGCAGUGCUGGAAGUGGAGAAGGGUCUGGAAGAAGCACAAUUGGCAAAUGAGUCAGCAAAUAAUGCUGCGGCUGCUGAAAGUGAAGCUACGGGAGUACAGGAAACCACUUUGGCAGCAGUCGAGGAGGCAGAAUAUUCUAAAUACGAACAGGACGAGGAAAAACAGCCGGCCAUUGAGAGCUCAUCGGCAAUGGAAGAACAUAAGUUACCCGUGAUUGUUUCGGUGCCCAUCGACGCAAUACAUACGCAGCAUGAAAAUAGUGAAGAAGAUGUCGAACACUCGCUUGAGAGUGAAGCGGUUGUAGAAGAAGCUAAUUUGGAAGAAAAUGAAAUUAAAGAGGACACAAAAGAACAAUUAGUGAAAAAUGAAAAUACUGAAGAAAUAACAGCUAAGCCGGCUGAAAGUAUUGAGCCUGCAGAACUUGUGCCAGUGGAGAGCGCUGCUGUUCAGCCUAAUAAAGGAAACUUAGAGCCACAUAACGAGCAGAUUGAAAAAGUUUCAGAGUCUGAAGACUUGGCGGAAGAUGCUGAGCACUCACAAAACGCUGAGCAGCAUAUUGAAGGGCAUGAAAUAAUAAAUAGUGAGUCAGAAGUCAAAAGGGAAGAAAAUUUGGAUGAAACCAAAUCAGAGGAGGAUGAAGUAAAUCCAAUGGCGGAAUCUAUUGAAAAAGAAAUAACAGCGGAGAUAGCUGGCAUGAUUGCUGAAGAAAAAGGGGAGCUUACACAGAACGAGGACAAUCGGGAAGAUGGCAAACAAGAAGAUGCGAUGAAAGAGGAUAGUCAAACGGAGGAGGAUCACAAAAUAGUCAAUGAUAUUCAAAUAGCUGAAGAACCCCAAAGAGCAGAAGUAGUCGACGCAGCAGAUGGAGAUCAAAUUGCGGAAGAGAGUCAUACAACAGAGGAAAAACAAGCUGUUGAAGAAACUUUAGCUGCCGAAGAUAAUAACACAGCACAAGAAGUAUUGCAAACUGUCGAAGGAAGUCAAGCAGUUGAAGACAUACAAACCGCAGAAGAAGCGCAAACAGCUGAAGAAAACAUUAAGCAAGGAGAGAUUGAUGAGCGAAAUGAAGCAGAAGAGUUAAAGCGGAAGCAGGACAAAAUUCAAGUGGAUGGAUUAAAACCAGUAGAUAAAGCAGAUGAAGAAACAAUCCCUGUAGGUGAAGUGGCAGACUUAGCUGCACCAGAGGAAGUUGCUGCUGACGAGAUUCGCGAACAAGAAUUGAAACCAGAGACAAUACUGCCCAUGGAAAGCAAGCCUGAGCAAGUUGCAAGCGUAGACAGCAAACAAGAUGAGCCAGUUGUAGGGCAAACGCAACCAGAGGAGGCAUCAGUAGAAGAAAAUAAACAAAACGACGUAGAACAACAAGAGUUGGGGACGGACAACCAGCAACAAGAAGUUACUAGUGCAGAACUUCAAGAUACAAGUGUCAUUCAAGCUGAUGAGAAAGGAGAAGCCACACUAAGUGAAAACCAGCAAGCGGUGGAAGAGAAAUUAGAGGAAGACUCAAUUUUAGCACAAGCAGCGGCCGAGCUGGAGGCAGAAAAUUUAGAAAAGUUAGAGCAACCAGAAAUGAUAAAUAACGAAAUGCCGACUGAGCAACAAAAUCUAGAACAAUUGAGUGAACAGAAGCCAGCACGGGAAGAAACACAAACGAGCCAAAUGGAAGAAAUACAGCAGCAAAUAGAAGCGCUAAUGGGGGAACAGCAGCUAGAGUCUGAGGAACCACAACAGCAAAUAGUUGAACUCGAACAAGAAAAAUCAGAAACAGAAAAUCAGCAGGAAGUAGAAAACUUAGAACAGGAGCAGCAAGUACUGCUGGAAGAAUCAGAAAAGUUGGCACCAGAAGCCACUUUCGGACAACAGCAGCCAAUUAUCGAAAUACAACAUAGUUCGGACGCAGAAACUCAACCGCAGCUCAGCCAGCCUCCUGCUGGUGUGCCAGCCCAAGUGCCUAGUAAUGUUGUUGAAGAAUCGCUGAAUAGUGGGCACAUUGAGCCUGCUACAUCGCUCCUAACAACGAUCGUACAGCCGCCACAAGAACACACAUAUCCACAGCAACAGCAACCCACGCCGGUAGAAAUCGAAAAUGUUGAAGCACCAUCGACGUCAACACUCGUAGGUGUCAACAAUCCACCAGCAGCAGCAGUGGCAGCAUCCUCAGUAGCGCCAAUAAAUGUCAUGGAUAGUGUGCUCAAUUAUGUGAAUGCCUCAUUUAUGCAACUUAAUAAUAACAACAAACAACAACAACAAGCAACACAAACCAUGAAGGAUGAUAAUGAUGAUGACAAUGAUUUAAAUGCACAGUUGAGACGGUACGAUGGUGCUCAGGUCUGGAGAAUUGUUGUGCAAAAUGAUCACGAUAGAAAAAUGGCGGAUGAACUGCAAACUAAAUACG